AUGGCGAUCCGAAUGCGUCCGACGGUCGUGCUGGUGAUGGUCGUCGCGAUUGGCUGCACCGGUGCCCAGCAGCCGCUCGGUUCGACCAGCUCCACGGCCCGCCCCCUGGACGGUCUCAGCCCGCCGACACCCGCCGGCCCGAUCGCACCGGGCGAGCGCCAGUUCCGGGUGGUGUACGAGUGGAACGUGCUCGACUUUGCGUUCCCCAGCGAGGCGGAACGGGCGCACGCCCUCUACAGUGGCCGCUACAUCCCGAAGAAUGUGCUCAUCUCCGACUGCAAGCCGUACGCCAACCGGCUGUAUCUGACCGUUCCCCGCAUGCUGCCGGGUGUUCCGGCCACGCUGGGCUACAUCGUGCGGCCGGAGAACAACGGACGCACCGAUCCGGAGAUCGUGCCCUUCCCGUCGUGGGACAUGAACGAGCGGGGCAACUGUUCGGCGCUGCAGUUCGUGCAGGGCGUUGCCGUGGACAAGCACGGCAUCAUGUGGGUUGUCGAUUCCGGUCGUACGGAAACUCUUACCAGAGGCACGGACCACGUGGUUUGCCCACCCAAAAUCCUACUCCUGGACCUGAAACGUAACGGAGCGGUCAUACUGCGCUACCAAUUCCCCGAGUCGGUCGUCCCGGCUGGCAACAACUAUCUCAACAAGGUCGUCGUGGACGACGCGUUCGGAGGCUUCGCCUACAUCACCGACAACAGUGGCGCCGAUCCGGGCAUCGUGGUGUUCUCCCGGCGCCUGCUGAAGUCGUGGAAGGUGCGCGAGAACAACUCGAUGCGUGCCGCUCGGAACGCGGUCCGUUUCGCCAUCAACGGUACCGAGCUGAACUACUCCAUCCACAUCGACAGCAUCGCCCUCGGGCCGUACUACAACCCCAACGUCGACGAGGACCGCGCCAACGGGGUCCACUCCGAUACGCUGCUGAACAGUCAGAACUACGAGCGGAACGUGUACUACAGUCCGCUGUCGAGCUACCACGUCUACUCCCUGCCGGCGUCGCUGUUGCGCGACCCGGAGUUCAAUGCACGCGCGACCCCGCAGCAGGUGCUCGAGGCGGUCGUCGACUACGGCCAGAAGCUGUCCCAGACGGACGGCAUGUUCAUGGACAACCAGGGCGUGCUGUACUUCGGGCUGCUCGGGGAGAACGCCAUCGCCAAGUGGGACACGUACAAGCCGUUCACGGCGAAGAACCAGCAGAUCGUGGCGAAGGACCCGACCUACAUCCAGUGGGUCGACAGCAUGGGCAUCGACCACGAGGGCUACCUGUACGUGGUGGUCAACCGGCUGCACAGCUUCGUCGCCGGCCGGCUCAACCCGGCCGAGGUGAACUUCCGCGUGCUGCGCGCCAAAACGGGCGCCCUCAGCUACGUCUACACGCCGGACAACCUGUUCAACAGCGACGAGAAGUACCUGUACGCGGGUGCCAACGGAGAACCGUUCGCCGACAACGCGCUCAACUACCAGUACGAGGGUACCACACCGGCCUCAAGUCGGCUGGCGGCGGCUGGCAUCCUCGGCGCAACCGGAACAGCUCCCCCGCUCGGAAGUAGCGUCGGUGUAGCGAUGCUGCUGAGUGCGAGCAUGAUGGCGAUGGUGAUGAUGACUUCCAGCUUCGUCUGCACGGACCACGUGGUUUGCCCACCCAAAAUCCUACUCCUGGACCUGAAACGUAACGGAGCGGUCAUACUGCGCUACCAAUUCCCCGAGUCGGUCGUCCCGGCUGGCAACAACUAUCUCAACAAGGUCGUCGUGGACGACGCGUUCGGAGGCUUCGCCUACAUCACCGACAACAGUGGCGCCGAUCCGGGCAUCGUGGUGUUCUCCCGGCGCCUGCUGAAGUCGUGGAAGGUGCGCGAGAACAACUCGAUGCGUGCCGCUCGGAACGCGGUCCGUUUCGCCAUCAACGGUACCGAGCUGAACUACUCCAUCCACAUCGACAGCAUCGCCCUCGGGCCGUACUACAACCCCAACGUCGACGAGGACCGCGCCAACGGGGUCCACUCCGAUACGCUGCUGAACAGUCAGAACUACGAGCGGAACGUGUACUACAGUCCGCUGUCGAGCUACCACGUCUACUCCCUGCCGGCGUCGCUGUUGCGCGACCCGGAGUUCAAUGCACGCGCGACCCCGCAGCAGGUGCUCGAGGCGGUCGUCGACUACGGCCAGAAGCUGUCCCAGACGGACGGCAUGUUCAUGGACAACCAGGGCGUGCUGUACUUCGGGCUGCUCGGGGAGAACGCCAUCGCCAAGUGGGACACGUACAAGCCGUUCACGGCGAAGAACCAGCAGAUCGUGGCGAAGGACCCGACCUACAUCCAGUGGGUCGACAGCAUGGGCAUCGACCACGAGGGCUACCUGUACGUGGUGGUCAACCGGCUGCACAGCUUCGUCGCCGGCCGGCUCAACCCGGCCGAGGUGAACUUCCGCGUGCUGCGCGCCAAAACGGGCGCCCUCAGCUACGUCUACACGCCGGACAACCUGUUCAACAGCGACGAGAAGUACCUGUACGCGGGUGCCAACGGAGAACCGUUCGCCGACAACGCGCUCAACUACCAGUACGAGGGUACCACACCGGCCUCAAGUCGGCUGGCGGCGGCUGGCAUCCUCGGCGCAACCGGAACAGCUCCCCCGCUCGGAAGUAGCGUCGGUGUAGCGAUGCUGCUGAGUGCGAGCAUGAUGGCGAUGGUGAUGAUGACUUCCAGCUUCGUCUAAACGAGGAGAACCCACCGUCAGGAGAGAACCACCCCGGAAACGGCACGUUCCGUAUCAGUAUUUGUAAAUAUAGCAAGUUCCGCCAAGGUUAGGUAUACAUACGACAGGAGGCCGCGUCGCUCGCGCCUUCUUGGAUUUCAACCGUCGUUGACUUUAAUGAAGAUACGCUUCGGAAAUAAAGAUGGUUAAUUUUUACGACA